UUGUAACGGCAACCGGCGGCAGCACGCGCCACUAACGGUUUACGGGAAAAUAGUGAAAAACUCAAGGGAAAACCGUGUGGAAAGCCCUGUAGCAUUCGUACUGCCAAACAAUUUACUGCUCGGAUCUACUGCCGCAGUAACUUGUCGCUCAUCCGCUCCAGAGAAGAAGUAGGAAAAGAAGCCGAAUCACACCAUCUAACAUAGUACACAAAAUCCUCCACCUCCCCGGAUGGCCUGAGAAAAAAGUCAACACAUUUCUUACCCCCUUCGCAGGCCGCCGCCGGGGCCAGACAGCAUUCCGCUCAUCUCACCAUGACAGAAGCCGUCUCCGGCGUCGCCUCCGCCGUUGAUUCAGCUGCUCCUGCUACAUUUAAGUGGGGCACCGUCACAAGGCAGACGCCCCAAAAAUAGACGAAGCAGGGGAAGCAGGAGGAGAUGUCGCCCAGUACCGUCGUUGUGCAAAUGCCGCCGGCUCCGUCCUCGUCGAAAUCCGGUCUGGUGCUGGGCGUUUGCUGUGACCAGCUGAUGGCGGUGCAGCCGGUGGUGCAGCGGGAAUCCGGAGCACCGGCGACCAAAAGUAACCCGGAUUGGGGUAAUCACAGGGCGAAACAUCUUGAGGGGGAACCCAAAACUUCCAAGUGGGUUCCACCCUUUUUCAUUAUCCUCGCCUCGCUCUUGGAGAUCCUUGUGUUUCUAUGGGUGAGUGCAGAUCCACCCGAAGAUUCGCUGCUGGUUUACCGUCCGGACCAGCGCCUUCAGCUCUGGAGAUUCCUUAGCUAUGCCCUGCUCCACGCCAGUUGGCUUCAUCUGGGCUAUAAUGUACUUACCCAACUGCUAUUUGGAGUACCCUUGGAGUUGGUACAUGGGUCACUGAGGACAGGGGUCAUUUAUAUGGCCGGGGUUUUGGCUGGCUCUUUGGGAACUUCUGUGGUGGACUCGGAGGUUUAUCUGGUGGGUGCCAGUGGCGGAGUCUAUGCUCUACUGGCUGCCCAACUGGCUAGCAUUUUGCUCAAUUUUGGCCAGAUGCGACAUGGAGUUUUCCAGCUUUUGGCUGUUGUUCUGUUUGUCUUCUGCGAUCUGGGCUACGCCUUUUACUCUCGUGAACUUGCAAUGCAGCAUCUUCAGACGCCUCCCUCGGUCUCUUACAUUGCCCACAUGACCGGAGCUCUGGCCGGGAUCAGUGUGGGUUUGUUGCUCCUCCGGCAGCUUGAUGGUGAACUGCGACCACGCCCCCUACGCUGGCUAGCCCUGGGCGUAUGGUGCUUAUUCAGCGCCUUUGGAAUCGCCUUUAACCUGGUCAACACGAUCACGGCCCAACUGCUGGCCGAGGAGGAGGGUCAGGUGAUCAGGCAGCACCUUAUGAACGACCUCGGAAUGGGAUGAUCCGAGACAGAAGGAGCCAAAGACUGCAUCCCCAUGCUCAUAUGUUUCCUUUUAUGUCUUAGUCUCUAGUCACUAGUCGGUAAGACUUUCCCCAGGACACAGUGUGCUCAAAUGACAUAUCUACUAUAUCUAUCGGAUAUCCUGGCUCCCAAUUCAAGAGGGGAUCGCUCAAAAUACUCUCAGCUCGUAAGCCCCAACAUUUAUCUUAUGCCAAUGCCAAAGGAGUGGAGAUGGGCCUUUCAAGAACUGAGCCUGGCUCACAUCAAAGACUUAGGAUCGGGUUUGGGUGGGUAUCUAAACGAUGGACACGGACUCCUCCAUUGAAUUGCCUAUUUAGUUUUUAAUGCCAAACCAUAGCUUAAAGUCAUAUUAUAUAUCCAAAAUCGAAUUAUUAAAAGAAUUUCUAAAAAGAAUUUCAAACUUAAUAAAUUACCAAA